GCGAGUUUGCACGAGCCGAGCAGACGACGGGCAAAGAGGAGUUAGUCGCGGGGGGAACAUGGCGUCGGGAGCCGAUGUUGCUGUCGGGGAUUCUGAAAACGACAAGCAACGCGGCGGUUCUGGCGAAAAGUGCGGCUCGGACCCGGCCACGGAGGACUCCUCCGAAAGCGACGGCGACGCCCAAUCGACCAAGGCAUUCCACCGGCGAAUUUCCACCUCAAAAGCCAUCAAAAACGGGGUAUGCGUGAAGGAGGGAUGCCUACUGAAACAGACAAGUUCAUUCCAGAGGUGGAAGAAGCGAUACUUCCGACUCAAGCCGCGGAAACUUUACUAUGCAAAAGACACCAAGUCUGUGAUUUUCGAGGAGAUUGAUCUCACCGAGCUCAGCGUGGCCGAAUGCAGUACAAAGAAUGCAAACCACAGUUUUCAGAUUAUCACGCCCUUCCGGAGGAUCAUCUUGUGCGCCGAGACGAGGAAAGAAAUGGAGGAUUGGAUUUCGGCCCUGAAGAGCGUCUGCAACAAGGAUUUCUACGAGGGCACAGAACACCAGCAGGAUUUUCUGUCUGGGCAGCACAACUGGUACGUGACGUCUCAUGCACGUCCCACCUAUUGCAAUGUUUGCAAGGAGGCCCUGUCAGGUGUGACUUCCCAUGGCCUCUCCUGCGAAGUUUGCAAGUUCAAGGCACACAAAAAGUGUGCGCUCAAGUCUCCAAACAACUGCAAGUGGACAACAUUAUCAUCUGUAGGAAAAGACAUUAUUGAAGACGAGGAUGGGAGCCUGACCAUGCCCCAUCAAUGGAUGGAGGGCAACCUGCCUGUCAGCGCAAAAUGCUGUGUCUGCGACAAAACUUGCGGCAGCGUUCUCAGGCUUCAGGAUUGGCGAUGUCUUUGGUGCAGAGCGACGGUGCAUUCGGCCUGCAGGUCCCAAUGCCCCGUGCAGUGCCCUCUUGGUGUCUGUAGGGCUUCGGUGAUUCCCCCAACGGCACUAUACAGCACUGGCGCUGGGUCUGAUGAGCCGUGGGAAGCAGUGGUGCCCACUCGUCGGGGCAGCAUGGGAGCAGCCACAGAUCCAUCUCAGCAGGGCCAGCCAGGCAGUACACCCUUGCUGGUAUUUGUCAACUCCAAGUCUGGUGACAACCAAGGAGUCCGGUUCAUCCGACGCUUCAAGCAGCUUCUCAAUCCAGCUCAAGUCUUCGAUCUCAUGAAUGGAGGUCCCAGCCUUGGGCUGCGCAUGUUUCGGGCAUUUGUGCCCCUGCGGGUGCUUGUGUGUGCGGGAGACGGCAGCGUGAGCUGGGUGCUGAGUGAGAUGGACCGGCUGUCACUGCACCGGCAAUGCCAGACGGGCGUGCUGCCACUGGGUACGGGAAACGACCUGGCACGUGUGCUGGGAUGGGGAUCGGUCUGUGAUGACGAUGCACAGUUACCGCAGCUGCUUGAGAAGUACACCCGUGCAGCCCCACGGCUCCUUGACCGGUGGAGCAUAAUGACUUACGAAGGGACCAUGCCACUACCUUCCAGAAAGAUUUCCAUGCCAUAUGACCAAAUCGCUGUCUAUGAAGACUCUGUGGUUGCUCAUCUUUCACAGAUACUUCACUCUGAUCAGCAUUCAGUGGUGAUCUCAUCAGCAAAGGUCCUCUGUGAAACUGUGAAGGACUUCAUUGCCAAGGUAGGUGCUGCCGACCCUUGCAGUGCCAAUGAAGUUGACAAGGACUCCAUAUCACACAAGUGCAAGGUUCUCAACGAAAAGCUGGACUCCUUGCUGAAGACUCUGAAAGAAGAGUCGCUGGCCAUUGAGCAGCCUGAGCCGGAGGCUCAGGUUGGCAAGAAGGAUCUCGAUGGUGACGAGGAUGAGAAUCGAACAAGCCCAACCCUCAAAUCAACAAAGGCAGCAUUUAUACAACGAGAAGCUCUCAUGUUGAGAGCAAACAGCCUCAAGAAAGCAGUCCGGCAGAUCAUUGAGCACACUGAAAGAGCCGUGGAUGAACAGAAUGCCCAGACCAAAGUGCGAGAAGAGAACAUUGUUGCGGAGAACAAGAAUCGGAGCACAGAACAAGUUUAUCAGGAUGGAGAGAGUGGCCGCGAGGUGCAGGCACCAUGGGUGGCGGUUGCAGUCAUUGAAGGAAGCACCCAAGUGGCAGAUGCUGAGUCAGCUGACACAGCAGAACUUCCUGUGCUGACGACAAGUUUCCACGAGUCAUCCGAAUGCUGGGACCCCUGGGGCAUUGCAAUGGGACAAAGUGUUGGUGCACCACUCAAGGACACACUGCAGGUGACUCUGGCCACUAUCGAGGGUGGUCUGAGUGCAGACAGCUCCCCAUGUCCAUCUCCACGCUCACUGAUGGCCACCCCUUCACCAAGUCCAUCACCGUGCAGCGUGUCACCACAACCACCAUCGUCCAAGGAAGAGAGUGGGCAGCACCAGGAAAGGCGCAGGUCAUCUCUAAGUCCAUCGUCUUUGCAUCCGACCAGCCUUGCACUGACACCCACUACUGAGGAAGAUGAGGACCGGUCGUGGGGAAGUCCGCAGAGGGCCCAGCGAAAGAACAAAGGAGAAAGCAAGAAAAGCUCAGCAUCCAAAGUAGGCAGCAGCGCUGUGACCGCACAGUCACCCACUGGCUCCCGACGCAUCAGCAGCGGAAGCACUCUGAAACACCUCGGCCUUUCACUGCUUCCCGGUGAGCGGAGCCCAUCGGAAGAACACCCACCCUCUACUAUGCAUCCAUCAAGCACUUCUCAACACCACUCACUGCAACAACAGCAGCAGCAGCAGCAGCAGCAGCAGCAGCGCACCUUCCCCAUCAUCAACCCACUGGCAUCGCUGCCCAUGUGGCCCAACCUGAACCGGGAGAGUCUGGUGGGCAAGGUGCUACUGGCCAAUGCUGAUGCACUCUGCGCGGCUGCCUCUCCUUUGAUGGAUGUCGAGGAAGUCUCAUUGGAAGGCUUUGAAGAAAAGUGUGUCAUGAACAACUACUUUGGCAUUGGUCUGGAUGCCAAGAUCACUCUUGAGUUUCACAACAAGCGGGAGGAGCAUCCUGAAAAGUGCAGGUCUCGCACCAAGAAUCUGAUGUGGUAUGGUGUUCUGGGUGGAAAAGAGUUGUUGCAACGUACAUACAAGAAUUUGGAGCAGAGGGUGCAGUUGGAGUGCGAUGGGCACCGCAUUGCAUUGCCUUCCCUACAAGGCAUUGUCGUUCUCAACAUACCCAGUUAUGGUGGUGGCUCCAACUUCUGGGGUGGAAGCAAGGAAGAUGAUGUCUUUUAUGCGCCAGCCAUAGAUGACAAGAUACUCGAAGUUGUUGCCGUCUUUGGUACCGUACAAAUGGCAGCAUCCAGGGUCAUCAACUUGCAGCACCACAGAAUUGCACAGUGUCGCUCAGUCCGCAUCACAGUGACCGGGGAUGAAGGGGUGCCUGUUCAAGUGGACGGCGAGGCUUGGGUCCAGCCGCCAGGCUAUAUUUGUAUUGUGCACAAGAACCGCACCCAAAUCCUGUGCCGCAACAGGUGUGAUGCCAGCAUGAAGCUGUGGCAGGAGCGACCGAGGCACUUCCCAACUGGGCGCCACAGCCAUUACCACCAUCACCAUUACCAUCACAGGGGCUCCCUGACUGAGGAGGAGGCCCAGCAGCUCACUGCCUUCAUUGAGGCAGUCUCCAGCCUUGUCCGAAUAAUCAAGACAGCAUCAGCUAUGAAUGCCGUUGUAGAACAUGAGCUGUUCUUGGCCGCCUCUCAGACUUCCUCCGCAAUUGACCAUGUCUUUCCUGGAGGUCACUUGGUAGAGAAUAUGCAGACACGGCAGCUUAUCUGUGACCUGGUGGCUAGCGUCCGGCAGCUGUGCCAAGAGACAAGAAUAUUUGCCUCUGAGAAACUUGAAGAAGCGAAGCUGCCCCCACAGUUGGAGGAAAAGUUGAUUUCUAUGACUGCUACUGUCGAAGACGAGUUGCGCAAGUGCUUUGACUUACAAGGCACAGGAGACGAUGAGCAAGAACAUAAGCGUCCUCGGAGUCUGUUCAAGCUGAAACUGAAGCGUUCCAAGACAACUGCUUCAUCCUCAUCAUCUUCCACGUCGGUGACUCAGCCACCCACCAGGACAGAACCGUCCCUCUCGAUCAGUAGCGGAGGUGGAACGACUGACGAUGGCUCAGCAGGUCCCAUUAGUCUAGUUCCAUGCAAGAGCGGGGCCAAUUGCGGCACACCAGAAUCUGCCACCUCUCCUCCUCCCCCACUGUCCAAGUCACCAACUGUAGCACCCAAGUCACCAGCAAAGUUGUCGCAGCAUGGAUCUCCAGAAAAGUUGGCUAUCGUCGGUUGUCGGCCAACUGCCUGGUCAGCAGAGCAAGUGGCAAGCUGGCUGGCAGAGAUCCACAUGCGAGAGUACCAGGACCACUUCCUGCGGCACGACAUUCGUGGCGCUGAACUGCUCAGCCUAGAGAGACGUGAUCUCAAGGAGCUGGGAAUCACCAAGGUUGGUCACAUCAAGCGAAUUCUUCAGGCAGUGGCAGACCUAAAGAAGCUUUAGCAAUGACCCACAGCAUCAUCUGAGCCUGACUGUCAUGAAGGAAGGCAUUGUAUGGAAAGAGUUUCUGCAGCCAGCAGGUGAAAGUCAUACGUGUUGGCAGCAAGGAAGCCAUAUCAGACAGGCCGGGCUGCCAAAACACUGGGACCACUAAGGGCAGGAUGCGAAUACAGUGCCGCCGAGGCCUGACGACAAUCUAGCUCUUGCUAUAAGUGUGGGCCCUGCCAUGUAGUUGAAUGCAGUCAACUGACAUUCCAUCACGUACUGUGCUAGUCGCCCGGGGCCAUUUUACAUAAUUGUUUUCUGGCAAUGCACUGUGGUGGCUGAAAAAGUGGCACCAUCUUUUUGUUAUUGUUGUUCCAUUGCACAAGUGUAAUUGGGCUGCUCCAGCUUUGCUUCACACUGAGGUCUACUGCCACGUGUUGACUCUUUUGCCGUAAUUGGCCAACACAGCCUUCGACACCAUCACAAAAACCCAUUCUUUGCAAGCAACAAAUAAAACUGUCUGCCAAUAACUUUCAUUCCACUGUGAAUACCAGGAGUGAUAACUUUGUACAGCAUUACACAAAGCACAAUGGUUACUAGACUAGUUUGAUCUGCAGUGUACGAUGGGCUUUUUAUUGUACGGCAUACUAGUGGAAGCCAAGUGGAACAGUUCCAAAACAGUGGUGUGCACAGAAUGUCGGUUGUUUGCCUGGGAGUGCUGAUGUAAUUAGUGGAUUUCCUUUUUUUUAUAUUUUGCGCCUGGUACUUUGUACAUCUUCAUAACAUUUAAUAUUGGAUCACACUCAGAUGUAAGACUGAAUGUGUGUAUUUAUUGCUACAUCCUUGCGAGUGCCUGAACAAAUUACAAUGCUUAAGCUCGAGACUGUGCAUAUUUUGCUGUUGUUUUUGUUUUACACAAACUAGCUACUUAUUUCAUGUUAAUGUGUAAGCUAAUAGUCUAAGGGUACCUCUUAAAGGAAAAGGGAGUGCAGGUGGCCUAACAAGGAAUGUUCCAAGAUGUUUCACUGACACAACGUUUGACUUGAGUAUUAGGAGAGAAGGUGUGAGGACUAGUACUUGCAGUAUCUGUGUACUUUUAUUGCAAUGGGCAGUUUCCAAAAUUCUGAAACUUGAUUGCCAUGCAAAGCUUUCAUUAAACCCAAAACGUCUUCUGCACAGGAAAUAUGUCUAUUCCAAGCAUAGACUAGUGCUACCAAAGUGCAACUAGGCAAAUUCUGGUGUAUGAAAUUGUCACUGAGUUUCUUUUGUGCAUAUAUUUUUUUAAAUUAUCUAAUAUAGUGUUCUGCAGCUCUAACUCUCAAGCAGCUGCUCUCCAAGAUGAAUCUACAUUGAUGCUAUCCUUGUUUUUCUACACUGCCUUCAGCUAGCAGCCUUUAACACAGGCUGCAACUCACACGACCUCCAAGUGUUGAAAAGGGAAAUCAACUUAUAGAGGUCAGAUAGACGUAGAAACCUUUUGUUUGUUGCUAUGAAUGCAAAAGUGUGCCUGUGGACAAGUUUUUGGGUGAUACGAAGCCUUGCAGGGAGUGUAGAGUUGCAGGAUUCUGCAAAUUGUCCACUGACACUGCUGAACUGAACAAUACUGCUGCAGAUUUUGAAGGCUACAUACCAUAAGCAUAACCGGUUUGGUUAGAAUUUUAUUCAUGUAACGGAAGGAUUAAAAAAAAAAAAACAGCCUUCAAUAACUGCAGGUGCAUACUACCGAAUGCUGUAUCUAUCUCAAAUCAGCUUUUGAAACCAUUGUGAAAAAUCUAGCACAGCAUAUGAUCCCACAUUGGCCUGGCAAAAGCAUAUGUUAAGGCUCUCUGUGUGUGAAGUACUGAUACUCUUUUAACAAUGGAAGCAUACACUACUGGAAAUCUGUGUGGAGUGCGAAUUUUAUUGCUGCAUAUCCUUAUGCUGCGGAGAACUGAUCUGUUGUUGACCGGAUUCCACGUGCAUACUAAGCUCCAUAAAACUAUUUGAAACAUUCUUCAUAAAGAUGCCUAAUGUGCCACUCUCUUUAGUUUUGGAAAAGAACAGCUGCUCCCAGGAUCCUAUUUGUUCAAACUUAGUCACUACAGUAUAAUUACUGGUUGGUCAAUAUUGGUGGUAUGCAUCUCAAAAGCAAAGUCAAAUUGCCUUUCCAGUGUUCUCUUGUGAGUGAGCGCAUGUGUACAGCUCUCUGUCAGGGUUGCACCUCAUGAUGCACGUGUGCCACCUUGUCCCCACUGUCUCUCGUGUCGAGGAACUCUUGUACUUGCACAUUGCCAGCGAUACCACUUGUGCCAACCUGCACUUGUAUCAGUGGAACCCAUUACUACAUGUUAUGCCAAGCCCAAAGAUCCCUGCACCUCACUCACACAUAUGCAUCCACUUAUUCUUGUGGCUGCCAAGAGUACUGGGUGUGGUAGUGUGUAAGCACCUGUGUUGAGAAGUAGCGUUUGUUCCUCUUGUGUGUUUGCACUGGUGUCAUGUCUUGCCUAAGGGUUAGCUUUUUUGGGGGGUGACCUUGCACUGCGGUGCACUUCCUGCAGUGGUGCUGCUCUUCAUCUGAACGAGCCUCAUGGCGAAUGUAGUUUUGGCCACUUGGGUCAGCUAAGCAAACUCUGUGCUAUUAAAGAAUAAUUUUAAUGCAAGGGGCGACAUCAGCCAUCCUGAGAAAAAGAAGGGGCGAAAGCAAGGGCGAUACAUAACAAAUGUAGUAGCAUUUCUGAUCUUACUAGAGUUUUCUAUGGCGGACUCUGAGCACUUCUCAAAUAGUUUGACACCGCAACAGUUGGCAUGAUUAAAAUGUCUAAAGCUUUGUGGUUAUGUACUUAAAUGCAGAAUAUUACCAGCACCACUUAUCUUGUUGAAGUACCCAGAGCAAUAGAAGCUUGGCUGCCUGCUGUUGGCAUGACAUGUGACAAAAGCAUAUUACAUUGCAAUCCUUCAUGUAGCACUGCCUUGUUCAUGCAAAAUGCGGUGUUUAGAAACAGUGGAAGUGUGAGUGUGGAAGAGUUUUUGCAAAUUAUCAAAAUAAUAAUGUUUUAAUGCAAUUUUGCAAUAACGAUACUAACUGUAUAUAUAAGUGUAGUUGGCUUCAAAGCUUUGUCUCAGCAGACAAGCCAAGUCAAAAGCAUCAACUACAUCUUUCAUUAUUAAACAUUUUAUUUUCAGCACUCCGAAUUGCAACAGAGUGCUAGGUAUUGUUAUUGAAGAAGUAGUACUGAGAAUAUAUAAUCAUCAUGCAAUAACAUAACUUACCCAUAUUGUAAUUCUGCAAUUUUCAUUUCGCACCUUUCUCUACCUUUCUCAGUUGCAUUGCAUCAAUUUGUGAAACUACAUUCAUGGAAUCAGUUUCACCCGACUUGCAAACAGCAGAAGGUAAUUUAACACAAGGUGUAUUGUACACUAACCAGUGAGGUGCUAGUCUCCCCAUAGCAAACCUUAUUACAUCUAAACUGCUAAUGAACCAGCAAACAAGCAUCCACAAAAUGUAGAUAGAUUGAUUAAGACAGCCUACAACUUUGAUUAAAGCUUGAUCAUCUUUUGUACAAUGAUUGUAGCUGAAUUGGAAUGUACUUUUUUUUUUUAACAGCUAGGAAAUGUGAGUAAAUUCAACAACCCAAUCAUGUUCAUUUACCAUUGGACAUGUGCAGAUCUUUUGGAAACAAAUUCCAAGAUACGGUUCUCCAUGUCAUGUGUUUGAUGCCUUCCUGCAGGGGGCAUGUGUACCACGCUUAUUGCAGGGUAAUUCAUUUGUACCAAAUAUGUAAUGCCUUCUUUCCAGUGUAUAAAUACAUACCUUCUAGCUGGCCCACAAUUUUGAGCAGGCAUGUUUUAUAUGACUCAGGGUUGCACUGCACGCAGAUGACAAAUGCUCACGAACAAAAAGGAAGCCUUGUGUUUCGCUUCGGCUUUACUGUUGGACAGUACUGGGUAGUAGUGUAACUAUGAGGCAAGUUCUUUUGCCAUUCUGCUCCCAUAUGCUAUGGGUGACCAUGCAGUAUAGGGGAACUAGGGUUAGUGGUAAUGCAAGAGGUUGUAGUGAACCAGACAUUGUGAGAAGCACUGCAGAAAGGUUGAAGGAAUGUGUUGCACGCUUAGAGCACUCCCUGUGCAUUAGCAGAUGUAUGUGUCAUAACCAUGGUACAAAGGUAGAAAACUCUUGGAUGGCCAAAGGUAGAGGGCCUCCUUGCUGCAACUGGUGGGUGACUGACCUUGAGUACUAAAGCAGUUUUCUUUUAUGUGACUUUUCAGUUGCUAUGCUAGGCUAAAUGCCUUGAAAUCAGUGCCUUUAUCUGGCAGUGCCGCUUUUGUCUUAUCAGAAUGCUACUGACAUGAAAGGAAAGGAAGUAGAACAAAGUGGUGCAGUAAAUCCUCACAAUUUUGUAUUGACGAUUCAUGGAGAACAAAGGUUGUCUCUUGUGGCUUGUGCUCGCAUAAAGGUGUGUGUGUUAGAGUAGUCUUUUUCUUUAAAAAAUGUUGCUGAUGGCAUCUGACAGCUUCUAAAAGCACUCUUCUUCUUUCCUUCACUUUCUUUAUUUUUCCAGGUUUAUCAUGCUAUGGGCUGGCGAGAGGCACAAUUGUAUGUUAUAUAUCCCUCUAAAUUUCAGCUCUGCUGCUUCAAUGUACAAAUAUCGCUGAAAACAAAAUUAGACAGAACAAGGCACUGUCAUGUGCUUUGUAAUGCAAAUACUUUCAAAAUUGUAAUAUUCUAUUAUGAAGGCUUUAAGUGUUCUUAUUCUCGCUCGACAGACACUGUAGUGUGGCAUAUCAAGUGUGUCUCUCGCAGCUUGUGGCACUUCAUUUUAGCACAGUUACUUUAGAGAUUCUGUUCUGCAUUAGCUCACAUGUUGCAAAAAUUUUGUUCAAUACACUACAUUUAUGCACAAUCCAAGUUCAUCUUUCAUUGAGACUAGAUGAAGCUUCACUUUAGCAUGUUUAAUCAUUCCGCAUGAGACCACAUGGAAAAGUUGUCUUGGAGGUGUUUGCUCACCGGACAACACUCUUGUCACUGGCCUGUUUGAAUGUUACCUCCUGUUAAUGUCAUUCUUUGAGAAAGAAUAUCCACAUUUCUCUGUUAUAUAGCAAAUUUUGGUCACUAGCCUUUCCUUGUACACUGGUAAGGACCCUUACAGUCAUUGCCAGAAAUACGGUGUUCCACUUUCCUCUCACAUCUUCUCUACACUCCCAGAAUAUAUAGCUUCCGACUGUCACAUCAAGCGUGACACAUGUCACACACAAGCACAUAAUGCAGCAGCAACAGUAGCACUCGCGUGAGUGUGCAGGAGUGCACGCUGUUUAUCGCCGGCGUGAACAUACUUGUCUUGUGAACAUUUUCUGCACCUCCAUGGGGUCUCCAGUUGCAUUUUUCACCAUGUACCCAUCUCCACAUGGUCAAAUUUCCUGUAGCAGACUUAGUUGUUCAGUGAAUAAUGUGUACUUCUGUACGUUGCUGACAUUAUAUAAGCAUUAUGCUGACGGAUGGUCGAAGAAAUUAAGAGUGAGGUGCCUUCGGUAUGGUUAAAGUUCUUUUGGGGUGAGACCAUGCAUCUGGGCAGCUUGACCUGUGUCACCAUCUAGUGGUAGUAGCAGGGAGCAUGCGCUAUCUGUACUUCAUUUUAAAAUCAACUUGUACAUAGUACUUUGCUAAUUAUGAGGCUCCUUGACUCUCAAUUUAAAGGAGCGAUAGGAAAACGCACGAUCAGCUAAACCAUAUUGGUCAAUGACAAAAGCACUCUCAAAAGCAAUUUGACCACAGACUGUAUGUAUAUGUAGUAUAUAUCCUCUGUGCUUGCUGUCAUGUGAAGUUGGCAAGGCCACGGUAUGCCCAUCUUUGGCAUUGACUUGCACUGGGGCGAAGUUUCUAUGAGGCAGAUGAUGACAUGAAAGGACACUUAUGUAGCUAUAGCACUGCGAUACAUGUUUCAAGAGAGUAAAAAAAUUUAUUAAAAACUAGUAACACACAUCAUGCAGAAGGACUGUAAUUGCCUCAGGCUGUAAUAUCGAUUGCACAAGAUAGAGUUCACUUGUGAUUGUGGGUAGCUUGUUAUGUGCAAAUGUGGUCAGGGAUACUCUUGCCCACAACACAUCCUAUCAGUCAAGGUGCCAUGAAGUUGUAAUGUCUGUAGGGGUAAAUUAUCAGCAGCAUUUGCAUUGUUCCAAGAAAUAUGUAACCACCUCUCUUCCUUCCAGCGAAUGCAACGUAUCGUGCAAUUUCCUAAAUCUGUCACACUUGUCUAGCUCAUAACACAUAUGCUUUAUGUCAAUUAUGCACUCUGUAUUACUGCAGCAUCAUUGACACAUACCACUUUCUCAAGGAAAAUAUUCUUGUGGCUGUCAACAUAGGCUGUCAGACAGCAUUCCCGUGUGUGUGCAUUACAAGCAGUCACACAGCAUGGCACUUCUGGUACAGAACACAAUGGCUAACCAUGUGAUUUGAAAUAAAAGAAAAGGUGGUUUGGGAAGCAUCAUGUUAGAGACCAGCUUCUUUGUUUUUGUGUGCGUGUGUGUACAUGGCAACUUUACUCUAAUUUUCAAACUAGUGGUGGUUAUUUCUGCUUUUCUUGAAGGGAUACGAAUGAUGAAUGUUAUGUUAAACUAGACUGGUAAGAAAUUACAUAUCACAAGAUUUGGGCAUUCACUCAGGAGCAGUUAAUAGUUUAUCUAUGAACAAGGGCUACAUUGCAUUCUAAGAGAACCAAAAACUUUAACUAGUGCUAUUUAAAGUUUCCUUACAUUGUAAGAAAGUUUUCUUAACCAAUAUGAUACAGACAUGUAAAUAGCACUUUGUGAAAUCUGUGACCUCAUACAAACAUACCAGCACCACAUGUAGGUGAAACACACAGAAAUGGAAGCUUCACUAUUCAUUUUCUGAGCCAAUAGCCAACUGUUUUCUGUCAGAUAAAUGCAAAUCAAGCCUUAAAAAUACCUCACCAGACUAAACUUAGUGUUUAGAGUCCAUUUAAUUUCUUCUUCUUGCCAGCUGGUAUACUUUGUUCGUGAUAUAUACUAGUUUCCAUUCUGGCCAUGCUACACCCCACACCACAAGCUUAUCAAUAGUUCAGCGAGACAGUUCUCCCUGUGCACCUGCACAUGGGAAGAGCAGGUUAUAUGUAAGUACAUGCAGUACUGACCAAUCGUGCCUGUAAGAAGGGUGUACCCAUUGUUGUUGUUUUUUUCUCCUUUGCGUCAUGUUCACGAGUGCAGUGUGCACAGUCACCGGUAACAUUCCAUGAUGUUUCUUGUUUCCUGUACGGGGUGCACAUCUCAUUUUUCUCACUUUUGUUCUUUGUUCAGUCGAGACUUUAGCCUUCAUUGAUUAAAGAACAAAAGCUUAGUUGCAUAGCUGUCACUCAUUCUACCAUUGUACACCUCAGCAUUUAAAAAUCGCCCCACUUAUGAGUAUCAACAGCAUUGAUAAUGCCCUGUUUGUCAGAUCUCUCAAUGUUUUACUGUUCCAAAGACCCAACAUGUAGAAAGGGAUUUUAACCAGCUGCACUGUAAAAUCCCACUCAUUGUUUAUUUAGCAAUAGUGCAUGUUCCUUACAUGUUUGUGUAGUUUGAUGUAUGUAGGCUGUGUGCCCAGGCAUUUUUUGUAUCCGAUUGUGUGCUCGACAAGUACACGUUUGGUGCUGAUUGAGCAUUACUCAGAAAUCAAGCGAGGGAAUGUGCCAAAAGCGGUUUUGCUGAGACAGUACUAUUCACUUGCAUUAGGCCACUAAAAAAAAAAAAAAAAGAAGAAGCCAUGCAUCACCAGUUGUCCAUAUUUUGUAUGGUCAGCAUUGACUGAUUGAUCAAUCAACACUGAACAUGAACAGUUGGUAUUGCAUGGCUUCCUUCUUCUUCUUUCCUUUUCAAAUGGUUAAGAAAGCUAGCUUUUGACUAAAGAACUAUUGCACUGAACCCUAUGCAUUCUCAUGGCAUGCAUAUGCUUGAAAUAGUGGAACUUAUGCAUUACUUCUAGUGCAUUCAAUCCUCUUUCUUCUUUUUUUCACACUGUUCCAUGCAAGAUCAAGGUUUGUCUAAAUCUACAGUCCUUGCAGAGGGUGAUUACUCAUAUGUAUUUUACAUGUUCUCAGAAUUCAGGCUAAAAAUUACACUUCUUUACUGCUUACUUUGGCACACAUUUAGGGAGUGUGAAAGUGCAGCAUUGUAAAGGCUUUAGGGGUGCUAACAGUGACGCCCGUUUUCCUUACGCUCACACACAUACAUACACACACAUCCUUGGCAAAAAGUACAAACCGUAUGGGCAGAUACAUGGAAUCAUGUUGGCUAGCAACUCUUGUUGUAUACUGCUAAUAUGCUACUAUACUGCAGCUACUAUAUAUACGUGAACCUUACAUGCGUACUUGAGUGGUUUUCCAGCUGGCUGCUGGUCACUGUGUGAGUGUAUGCACUUUUUGAUGGCCAUAUGCAUAUGUGCGUGUCUGCUUCUUGUGUUUCCCUUUCUCUCUGUGUUUGUGUGUGUGCAUAUGCUUGCUAUAUGGUUGUUUGUAUGUGCUUGUAUGUAAAAGGAUCCCUGAAGAGUGUAAAGCACACUGCUUCUCUGCUAUUUCUCUGGGCAAAUACAGGAUGCUCAAAAGCAUUGGUAACUCAGCCUUCUCCCUUGUACCAGCGUUUUACUGGCACUGUGUAUGACUUCAGAUGUGCCCACUUUUCCCACUUUCAAGGUCUCUGCACUUUUUCAUAUACAAUCUCUUUCAUGGGAUCAUUUGGCUAGCUUUUCUUAUGUGUGCACUUUGUUUCGUUCGGUGGCAAUAAAUAACAUGCUUUAAGGCAAGA